AUGUUUGCAAACAGCAACGCUUCGCGCUCGUUCACCUCGCUCACCAUCGAUGAGAUUCGGUGGCUGAAUGCUAGCAGGGCAUUUGGGGAAGACGAGGACCUUGCAAGCCCAAUAGAUCCCGUCAAGCCCAAGUCGCCAAAGAAUGCACGCUAUACCGACAAUAGGCGUCGGUCUAUACUACUAGACGACUUUCUCGGGAGCAGCAACCCUCUGGGUCGUAAGACACGAAACACAUCAAGUCGACCAGAGACGCCACCGUCGUCUCCUGACGAGCCUCUUCCAGCGACCCCUCCCCGCAAUGGUUUCUACUCUGCAACACCAUCCAUCCAAGAAGAGGAGACUGUGCCGGCUUCGCCCCGGCCAACAGAAUGGUUAUAUCGCCAGCCCAGGUCGCCAUCAUCGCUAUCAAGGUCCCCCUCUAGUCUUUCUCGGACACCCUCCUCAAUUUCGCGGAGUGCUUCUAGCACUCGUUCUGUGACUCCAACACCCUCACGCAUGCGGACUCGCCCACAUACACCAAAUGCAGUGACUGAAAUGAACAAGUCGCCAUUUUAUUCUACGGUUGUGCCGCCGUCACCGCGCUCUCCCUCAAUUAGAACACGACCGAGCACGCCAUCUCGUUCGUCCCCCAAUCUACUUGAAUUCCGCGGUUCCCCGCGGACGAAGGCAUCUCGCCCGCAAUUACUACCAAUUCAUCGAGAACGGUCGGGGUCAGCAUCGUCACUGUCUACCAACAGUAGCACUAGUAGUCUACCACGCACUCCCCCAUCACCGUCGUUGUACUCGCAACACUACCCGCUUCCGGAAACAAGGGCCACAACUCCAACGCGGUCGAUCCUGGCGCAGAGCCCGAAACGGUCUGCCUCCAUCUCAACAAAACACUCCACAAGCAAAUCAGUCAAGUUCAACGAGUUCAUCUCGCGCGGAGACCACCAAGCAACGGUUGGGGAUGGUGCAGUCCGGGGGGAGGAAUGGAACUCACGUUUGGUGGAGGGAUUUGAUGUGGAUGUGGACGUAUUUGGCAGCGCCCCAGUCGCACAGCCUACCAAGGGCCUCAAGCGCUUUCUUACUAUGGGGCGUUCUCGGACGAAGCACAAGUCGCGGCCAGAAAUAUCUGGACCGUUUGCUUUGUCAGCAACUACCCCAACGGGCACUCCCACUCACCACCCGCCCGAUGCAGAGACCCAGAGCCUGUUUGGCGUUGGAUUUGCCCCGUCAUCACCGUUCCGAUACCGGGCCCCGCCUUCUGCGUCAGCUUCUGUGUCGUCUUUCCUGGCCACUUCGAGCGAAGACGCCCACGCCCCGCGGUCCAAGAAGGCAUACCUGUUCAACUCCGACGAGCUUGGCGCCGUGCCUGAGAAUAGGUUCUUUUCCGCGCCUUCUGCUUCCAAAGCCACGUCGUUUGCGGACCUCCGCCAUCGCCACCAUCACGUGCACACACGUGAUGCGAGUGCGCCUGUCCUCCACAUGCACACGCUCCCGUCGAUGGAGAGCUUUCGCAGCGCAAAGAGCACGCGGAGUUGUAGCCAUAACCGCCUCAGAGGGUGGCUCGGCCGGAUUGGCAUCGGGGCGUGA